CACUCCGGUCACACAGAAGUACGGUCAAAAGAAAAACUGAGAACUAGCUGCAAAAAUAAAUUAAGAAAGACGCCUUAUUAUCGUUCACAUUGUUGUUUGUUAUUAUUAUUGUUAAGAACAGUUUUGAAACGAUGCCCGAGUACAUGAUAUGUCGAAUAUGUCUAACGGAAGACAUGAAUGUAGAUACCAUGACACCCCUCUAUGACAAUCAGAACGCCCAGUGUCCACUGGUCCGCAAAAUAGAAGAAAUCGGCAGCAUUAAGCUGCCACCCCUGGAGGACAUGCCCAGCCUUCUCUGCUGUAGUUGCGUCAGCAGCCUGACCAGCGCCUAUAAAUUCCGUGAGUUGUGCCAAGAAAGUGAACGAACCUUCGCCAGCAGCGUUGUUAAGGCCGAAUUAAAGCUAGAACCCUCCGACGAUGCCACACAAUUGGAUAGCGAAUCUGUGGAAUACAUUUAUGAGGCGGCGACCAACGAGUUUAUCGAUGCCGACGAAGACAUUGAGUUUGGCACCAUGCUGGAAGAACGUUUGGAGGAUACGAUUGAGGCGGCGGACACGGAAACAGUAUACGAUGAUUUCGAGGAAUCCGGUGAAUUAGAUGAUAAGAACCUAUUGCUGGGCAAUGCCAGUGAUAGUGAUUACAAUCCCAGCGAGCGUUUACGGAAACCGAAGGUGCGUAAAACGCGACACAAUAAACGUGGCCGCGGAAGGCCACGAACUGCAACGCAUUCUGUGCUGAAGAAUGGUGGUCAAGGCAAAGCAAUGGCAACAACAAAUGCUGGCACAAGUGUUAACAAAUCCAGUGAGGAGACCUCGACGAAUAUUAUGUGUGAAAUAUGCGGCAACAUCUACUCAAAAAGGGCUGCACUCAACAUACAUAUGCGUCGGCACAUGGCCGAAAAGCCAUUCGAAUGCGAAAUCUGCGCUAAAACGUUUGCUGGUCCCUCAGAGUUGAAUCGCCACAUUCGCGUUCACACAGGGGAAAAACCGUUUACAUGCAAAUACUGUUCGCGAUCAUUUGCGGAUCGCAGUUCCAACAUCCGACAUGAAAGAACGCACACAAAUGAGCGCCCGUUUAGCUGUAUAACGUGUGGCAAAUCCUUUUCGUAUUCGAACGUCCUUAAGAAUCAUAUGCUGACUCAUACGGGCGAAAAGCCUUUCUUAUGCAUGCCGUGCAAUAAAACAUUUUCCCGCAAGCAUCAGCUGGAGCAGCACAUUGGAACUAUGACCCAUCAGCAAACUGUGAGAGCUCUGCAAUCCAAUAAUGAACCAACUCGACACUCUGAGAUAUAUUAGUCAUCAAUUCUUAUGUUUAAUUGUAAAAUAUAAAUACUUAUUGUAAAUAAAAGUACAAAUUUAAGAUGUUA